AUGUGCCCGAUCAAGCAGGCCUGCCCCACGGGACCCACAGUCCGCACGGAGCAGCUCCGGUCCGCGCCAUCCACGCAGCAACACAGCAGCCAACGGGUGGGCACAGCCCAGGUGUCCAGGCUGAUAGACAUUGGGCUGUUUGCAGCCUCAGCCAUCACGAAUAACGCAGUGAACAUUUACGUGCAGGUUUCCAUGUGGACACCCUCCACGCGGCUCUGCCGGGCCCGCAGGUACGUGUUCAUCGUGCAGAAGAGCUACCAGGACAGCGAGACGGGCCCCGAGAGCUCCGUCAUUACCAAAGUCAAGGGCAUCACCUACUCCGAGCGCAAAGUGUGGGACGUGGAGGAGUACGUGAAGCCCCCCGAGGGGGGCAGCGUGUUCAGCAUCAUCACCAGGAUUGAGGUCACACCCGCGCAGACCCUGGGAACCUGCCCGGAGAGCGUGAGGGUCAGCAACGCCUCCUGUGACACAGACGACGACUGCGUGGCGGGGCAUCUGGACAUGCUGGGAAACGGCCUGAGGACCGGGCGCUGCGUCCCCUACUACCGAGGGUCGGCCAAGACCUGUGAGGUGUCGGGCUGGUGCCCGGUGGAAGACGGGGCCUCUGUGAGCCAAUUUCUCGGCAAGAUGGCCCCGAAUUUCACCAUCCUCAUCAAGAACAGCAUCCACUACCCUAAAUUCCAGUUCUCCAAAGGCAACAUUGAGCACCGGCAGGACGGCUACCUGAAACGCUGCACAUUCGAUGAGGUGUCCAACCUCUACUGUCCCAUCUUCAAGCUGGGCUUCAUCGUGGAGCGGGCAGGGGAAAACUUCACGGAGCUGGCACACACGGGUGGUGUCAUCGGGGUCAUUAUCAACUGGGACUGUGACCUGGACCUGUCGGCGUCAAAGUGCAACCCCAAGUAUUCCUUCCGGAGGCUUGACCCCAAGCACAUCCCAGCCUCAUCUGGCUACAACUUCAGGUUUGCCAAGUACUACAAGGUAAACGGCAGUGCCACCCGCACGCUCAUCAAGGCCUACGGGAUCCGCAUCGACGUCAUUGUGCAUGGACAGGCAGGGAAGUUCAGCCUGAUUCCUACCAUCAUUAACCUGGCCACAGCACUGACCUCCAUCGGGGUGGGCUCCUUCCUGUGUGACUGGAUCUUGCUGACGUUCAUGAACAAAAACAAGGUGUACAGCCAUAAGAAAUUCGACAAGGUGUGCACGCCCAGGCGCUCCUCGGGUGGCUGGCCGGUGACUCUGGCUCUUGUUUUGGGCCAGGCCCCUCCCCCUCCUCACCCCUGCUCUGCAGACCCAGGCGGGUCCCUGGCCAUCCCGCCCCCAUGGCCUUGCCCCACCUCUGCCCCUUCUGAGCAGAUGGUGGAUGCUCCCCAGCAGACUGAGGGACCAGAGCUGUGUGCCCCCGAGCCUUCCCAGCAGGACUCCGCACUCACAGACCCCCGAGGUUUGGCCCAGCUCUGAGCCCACCACACACCUUCCAUCAUGCUGUGUCCAAGGCCAGGCCUGGUGGGGUCAUGAAGUCUGGCCCCAGGACCGAGCUGCCAGCUCCCCUGGGCCCUGCCCACGCACCUCAACAUGGUCUGUGAGAAACUGGGAACGAAAAGACCCCCGUGCAACUGGGCGGUGGGUGGACACCAAGUGGGUGGCACCCGAUCCUGGCUGCCUCCCAAUUUCCCAGGGCCUGGGGGGAGGGAUAAACUCCUGCCUCCUCCCCCUGCCCCCAGCUGACCUCACAGGCUUCUCACCCCUCCCCACCCAGAUGCCUUGCUUGUUUCCUAGCCAGGAAGUCACAUACCCAAAGUCUAAUAAACCUGUGCCCAGUA